UGGCGAAACGUUUUUUGUUGACCUUUUUUUGUAAUUUUGUACCAUUUUUUGUUUUAUUCUUCAUGGCCGAUGAUGACAGUGAGGAAGAAAAGGAGAGAGACUUUGGAGAUGAUGAACUACAAGAGAUCCAAGAAGCUUACGGUAUGUACUCUGUCCAACAGGAAGACGAGGUGGAGGAGGAAGAAGCUACAGGUCCUAAAGGCCUACUCCCGACGGCAAGUCUACCUUAUGCCAUGAAAGAAAUCGGUUUCGAUCCAACUGAGGCCGAGGUGUUUGUCAUGCUCGAUGAAGUGGACCCCCAUAAAACGGGGUUUUUAGACUUCAAAACGUUCUUGUACCUCUUGAAGAAGCAUAUAAAGCCCCUGAACGAAGAGCAACUCAGGAUUGCUUUCUCGGUUUUCGACAGAGACGGUAUCGGUUUUAUAGGCACGGCGGAAAUAAAAUAUGUAACAAGAAACUUGGGAGAACGAUACACCGAUGAAGAGAUUGAAGAUAUGCUGAAGGAGGUUGAUGCUGACGGCGACGGAAAAAUCAACUUUGAGGACUUCUGUUAUUUCAUGACAAAACAUUAGUUACGUGGAAAAUUCUAGACAUACAUUAUUUUUUAGUA